GUUCCAUCACAUCAAUCCAUCGAUCUAAAGAAGUCUCGAAUGUGUUGUGACUUGGUUUAUUGACGAGCAGGAUUGUUGUGACUUUGUGCUUGUUGUCAUUUACUUGAAAAUUCAUCUAAGAAUCACUGAUCCGCUGUGACACCAUGAAGCUGUUUCUCUACAGUCUCGUCCUUGGCCUUCUGCCUCUUGCCCAGGCCGUCAGCCCUCAGAAAUCCUUCAUCGUCACAUAUCCCAAGGAUACGCCAGAUUCGGUUUUGACAACGGCGAAGAAUGCUAUUACAGAAGCUGGAGGUCUGAUCACUCAUGAAUAUCAACUGAUCAAAGGAUUCGCCGCGAAGGCUUCUGCCAGUGCCAUUGAAAACCUCUCGACUUUUUCCUCUGUAUAUAGCCCCUCGAUCGAGGAAGACCAGGUCGUCUCGAUUGAUGAGGCUUGAAUAGGCAACAGUCCCUGCGAACACAGCGGCAACUGGAAAUUUGAGUUAUGCAUUCCGUUCGUUUUAUGAUGCGAUGAAUGAACAUGGCGUUAGGAUAUCAUUAUAUUUCUUUUUUACAAUGGGUAACGGGUGCUGCAUUCCCUUGGAUUUCAGAACUCUGCUCGACUCAAGUCGAGGGAUCCUCGGGUGUCGGGACGGUGCCUGGGUGCCUCGACUAUCUAUGUACUAUUAUUAUUCGUUAGGGGUAAUGGAGUAACAUUCAGCACAAGAAUUCAGUAACCAAUGAU